CUCAGGCAAAAUAACAAGAAAAUCCAAAUGGAACUGAUGGGCCGAUAUCCAGAGGACGGCCCAAAUGAACCAUUUAAACAGGUUCGGGUCAAGCACCUGUGGAAUACUCAAGCUGGGCCGGCCCAAGGAGCUGGGCCUAGUUAACCUCAGGCCAAGCGCAGCUGGCAGAGUCAGUCCGGAGAAGGAGACGGAGCUGAUUGGCCGGAACAACACAUACCUGGUGGUCGCGAUUGACUACUUCACCAAGUGGGUCGAAGCCGCCCCCGUGCCAACCAUCACUGCGGAACAGAUGACAAAGUUUGUUUCCAAGCAAAUCUUGUGCCGAUUCGGGGUGCCCCAGCAGAUCAUCACUGACAACGGAACCCAAUUCGAGGCCGGGGGGUUCAAUGAGUUUCUACAGAGCUGGGGCAUAAAACACAGCUAUGCGGCGGUCGGGUACCCCCAAACCAAUGGGCAGGUUGAGAACACCAACCGUACCAUCAUGGAUGGCCUCAAGAAGAAGAUAAUGGAAUGCAAAAGUGCCUGGGUGGAAGAAGUGCCCUAUAUAUUGUGGACCUACAGAACUACUCCAAGGAAGGCAACAUGUGAAACCCCUUUCUCGCUCACAUAUGGAUUUGAAGCAAGGGCUCCAGCGGAGACCUCGUUGUUAAGUUAUAGAGUAGAGACGUUUGAUGCUCAAGGAAAUGAGGAGAACCUGAGGGCAGAGCUGCACCUCAUUGAUGAGCGAAAGGAAAGGGCAUAUAUGCGGGCAGAAAACUACCACCGGCAGGUCAAGUCAUAUCACGACCAGCGGGUGCGACCAAGGCAGUUCAAGAUGGGCGACUAGGUCCUUCGGAAAAGGGAGGUCAGCCGGACCGAUGGAGGAAAAUUUGCUAAAAGCUUCGAGGGGCCAUAUAUCAUAAAGGAGGUGUUGGCCG